GUAGGCCCUCUGGGGUAGCGGACCGUGGGGGUAGCGGCCCGGGGCUGGGACGGGUUGGGGGCAUGCUUAGCGAGGGCCUCCGGGCUCACCGGCAUCCAGGGACUAGGGGCUGGAGUUUUGGCCGCCCCGGACGUGUUGGGCCGCGGACCGGCGGGCGGCGGGUGGCGGGUAUGAGGCUGGGCCUCUUGGUUGCGAACUCUUGGAGGCCUUAGCCUAGUCGCUUCAUCCCUUCCCCAUCCUCGAACUGGAGCCUUCUGUAAAGUGCGAACGAUAAGCCCCGCCUUCUGGAUGGGGCCGAUUGGUGGUCCGGCUGUGAGACCCUCAGGGGUGGUGGGAGUCCCCGGCGGUUUGUGGGGACCGCCCACUCCGUGUAAGGAAGGAUGUCCUCCUGGGGUGGUGUUUUGUUACCGGUUGGAGAAGGGCCCUCAUUUGUAUGUUUGAAAACUGCAGACUGUUAGGAAGUCGGUGCAAAACUUUCAUUUAACAUCAAACUAGAGACUUAAAGGGCCUCCUAGAGGCCUACGUUGCCCUGCCGCUACAGUGUUUCAGGGAAUGGUGAGCAGCAGUAGAGAUCCUUACUUAGCUUGAGAAGAAUUAAAACUUGUGAUCGCCAAAAGCCUUCUGGCCCACGUAGGAAAUCGAGGCGCCGGCCAAGCAAGUAACUAGCAUGCAGACACCUGUUCUCUGACUUGCUGCCCCACCAGUGACAUGGCCCACCGGGGUGUGGAGAGGGACUUCCAGACUUCAGCACGGCGCAUGGGCACCUCACUACUCUUUCAGCUUUCAGUGCAUGAACGGGAGCUGGAUCUGGUUUUUCUGGACCAUAGCUAUGCCAAGCCAUGGAGUGCCCACCCAGAUGCCAGUAGCGCCCGACCCACCCGCAUGCUCUUUGUUACUCCCCGAAGGCAGCAUGAAAGUACCAUUGAAUCAGAUGUUCCAAUAGAUGUGGAGACAGUCACAUCAACCCCUGUGCCACUCUACGACAAUCAGAAGGCACGCAGUGUGAUGAAUGAGUGUGAAAGACAUGUCAUCUUUGCCAGGACUGAUGCAGAUGCCCCUCCCCCACCAGAGGACUGGGAGGAGCAUGUCAACAGUUUCCUCUACAGAACAGGCUGGACAAUGGCCCAGAACAAACUGUUCAACAAGAUCCUCAAAGCACUGCAGUCUGACCGGCUCGCCCGCUUGGCCAAUGAAGGGGCUUGCAAUGAGCCAGUGCUACGUCGCGUUGCUGUGGACAAGUGUGCGAGGAGAGUGCGGCAGGCCCUGGCAAGUGUGAGCUGGGACACCAAGCUGAUCCAGUGGCUACACACCACCCUGGUGGAGACCUUGAGUCUGCCCAUGCUGGCGGCCUACCUGGAUGCUUUGCAGACACUAAAAGGGAAGAUCCCUACCUUGAUUGACCGGAUGCUUGUGUCAUCCAACACGAAGACAGGGGCUGCAGGAGCUGAGGCCUUGUCCCUCCUCCUGAAGAGGCCCUGGGACCCUGCUGUGGGAGUGCUUUCUCAUAACAAACCGAGCAAGCUCCCUGGCUCUCCUCUCAUUCUCAUCGCCUCCUCUGGGCCCUCGAACUCUGCAUUUCCCACCUCUCGCCGCCACCGCUUCUGGCAAUCUCAGCUCUCCUGCUUAGGCAAGGUCAUCCCUAUAGCUACCCAUCUGCUAAACAAUGGAAGUGGGGUAGGAGUUCUGCAGUGUCUUGAGCAUAUGAUUGGGGCAGUGAGAAGCAAAGUGCUAGAGAUUCAUAGCCAUUUCCCCCACAAACCCAUUAUCUUGAUUGGCUGGAAUACAGGAGCUCUUGUGGCUUGUCAUGUGUCGGUGAUGGAAUAUGUCACUGCAGUUGUCUGCCUUGGGUUCCCUCUGUUUACUGUGGAUGGCCCCAGAGGAGAUGUGGAUGAUCCCCUCUUGGAUAUGAAGACUCCAGUCCUCUUUGUUAUUGGUCAGAAUUCCCUGCAAUGUCACCCUGAAACCAUGGAGGACUUUCGGGAGAAGAUUCGGGCUGAAAACAGUUUGGUGGUGGUUGGGGGAGCUGAUGAUAAUCUCAGAAUAAGCAAAGCAAAGAAGAAAUCAGAAGGAUUGACUCAGAGCAUGGUGGACAGGUGCAUUCAGGAUGAGAUUGUGGACUUUCUAACUGGCGUGCUAACUCGUGCUGAGGGGCAUGUGGGCGCUGAGCCUCGGGACCAGGAUGCUGAGAAGAAGAAGAAGCCUCGGGAUGUGACCCGCAGAGACCUGGCCUUUGAGGUUCCUGAGAGGGGCAGUCGACCCGCCUCACCAGCUGCCAGGCUGCCUGCCUCCCCUUCAGGCUCUGAGGAUCUGUCCAGUGUGUCCAGCAGCCCUACAUCCAGUCCUAAGACCAAAGUGACCACUGUAGCCUCUGUCCAGAAGUCCAGUCAGACCGGGAGCUCUCAGCUGCUGAAGAGACAUGUGCAGCGGACAGAGGCUGUGCUAACCCACAAACAAGCUCAAGCACAGUUCGCUGCUUUUCUGAAACAGAAUAUGCUGGUGAGGAAAGCUCUUCCUCCCGGCACCUCCUCCUGUCUCUUUGUUCCCAUUUCAUCAGAACAAACAGAGGAAGCAGAGAAAGAAGAUGUUAGGGUCCAGCUGAAGCGGCACCAUCCCUCCAGUCCUCUGUCUGGCAGUAAGACCUCCAAGCGACCCAAGAUCAAGGUGUCCCUUAUCUCCCAAGGGGACCCAGCCAGUGGGUCUUGUACUCCUUCCCAAGGAGGAGCCCCAGAAGCCAUGGGAGGGAAGCCCAUCACGAUGACACUGGGGCAGUCGUCAGCAGGGACAAAGGAGCUCACAGGGCUUCUCACCACAACCAAGUCCAGUGCUUCUGAAGGGGGUGUGUCAGCCAGCCCAGCCUCUGCCGUGGUCUCCAGCAGCAACGCACCCAGUCCCUUGCACACGCUCCAGAGCCGCCUAGUGGCCACCUCCCCUAGCAGCUCCCUCCCAGGGGCCACGUCAGCCAGCAGCCUCCUCCAAGGCCUCAGCUUCAGCUUGCAGGAUAUCAGCAGCAAGACCUCUGGUCUCCCGGCAAAUCCCUCCCCAGGACCAUCCCCACAGGCCACCAGUGUGAAGUUGCCCACCCCCAUACAGAGCCUGGGUGCCAUCACCACGGGCACCAGCACCAUUGUCCGUACCAUUCCUGUGGCCACCACACUCUCCUCCUUGGGUGCCACUCCUGGUGGGAAGCCCACAGCCAUCCACCAGCUGCUGACCAAUGGGGGCCUCGCCAAGCUGGCAAGCAGCCUCCCUGGCCUGGCCCAGAUCUCUAACCAAGCAUCAGGCUUGAAGGUCCCCACCACCAUUACUCUGACCCUACGUGGGCAACCAAGCCGAAUCACCACACUGAGCCCCAUGGGCCCAGGAGCAGCUCACUCGGAGGAGUCCACCUCCCAGGUGCUGCCCUCCAACUCACAGCGCCUGCCUCCAGCGCCCUGAAGAUGCCAUGUGAUGGUCUUCCUUUACCAGAUUGGUGAUGGCUGCUGCAGUGAGCCCUGGGUACAUAUGCUGUCCUACUAAGCUGUCCACUUGUCUGAAGACAUCUUUAAGACACUCAUUUUUGUCUCCCUGCCAACCGUCUUUGGGGUUGGGCCUCUGGUCUUAUGAAACUGUUAGGCUAAGUGAUAUGGUGCCAGCAAGGGGAGCAUCUUCCUCCAGUAUCUACAGGUCUGGUUCCCAGAAUUCCCAGGCUCCUCAGAAGAUUUGGCGGUUAAUGGGUUACUAGCACUAGCUAUUACUUGCCCAGGUAGCAGUGUUGGACCAUUCAUUGCAUUUCAUAAAGGACCUCCUUUUGGACCUGUGUGGUGCCCCUAUGCCAAGUUUGGAGAAAACAUCCACAUGAUCCAGGCCUGCUGGGGUUCAGAUUGAGAGCCCUUUGCUGAGGACCGAGGUCAUCCUGGCCUACCAGUCAGCUGGUCAGUAUGAAAAGGGCUUGUUUUGGACAUUGCCGCUGCCUUCAUCGAGUAGCAUGAGAGAGUGCUCCUCAUGCAGCUUCCUCUUCGGAACCACAUCAGAGUAGCCUGCUGAGACCAAGAAUUCCUGAUUUCAAAUCCAUGAGAGAGAAAAGAGAACUAACCAAGCUGUCAUCUCUCGGUCCCAUUGGCCAUGCACAUGUGAAGAGCAGCAGUUGCUAGGAGAUGAGCACUGGAACCACCCCUUUUUUUUUUCCAUCAUGGUUGGCAGAAAACCUGCUGGUCCAGGAAGGUUAAAGAAGAGCAAUGGAACAACAAAUGAAGUAGCUUCGAGGAUGUAUCAGUAAGUCCUGCAGUGAAAAUGGUUUGGGUUUGAGGCUUUGCGUCUAGUACCUAAGGAAUUGCUCUUCCACUGGUGAAGAGAAGAAUUUGCAAGGUCAGAGGGAUGCAACUCUCACCCCUAAAAUCUCUCCCUCCAGUGCUUAAAGGUAUAACAGGGAAAACCAGCUAAGUUAACAUCUGGGCCGUUCCAGGAACUUGAAGCAUCAAGAUGAUGAAGGUCAUGCUUCAUUGUUUCUCCUUCUCUCCUAUAUGACUUGUCUGCUUGCUUCAAAGUGGGAAAAUCAUUGGUACCAACACUACUGCACAGGGCUCUUGGUGCCACCCUGAGCCUGGGAGGUGGAGGUUCCUGAAGAAGUGAUCACUGACGCUGGAGCUUGGAGUUCCUCUUUCCCUCCUCACAAUACUUGUGUGCAAAGGUAGUUUUAGGUUUGGCUUAGAACCUGUUAUCCACAGCAGCCUCCCUUCUCUUCCAUACUCUAGAAUGUUUCCAACUGUGGUGAUAAGUCAGGCAACCCAGUGGACUCAGUUCAGUACCUCUAGGCCAGGAGGGUCCAUAGCAUGCCAUGGCCACAACUGUGGUCCAGGGUCCUGACCCUUGUGCAGUGUAUAUCCAAACCAGGCCACCUGCAUUCAGUUCAGGAGCCUCACCUUCCAGUCUGAGUAGCAGCUAGGAGGGGUGCCCAGUGUGCAGGAGUCUCAGACGAGACAGAUCUGGGGAUAUGUAUGGCAAGAGUGGAGAUGACGUCUUACACAUACCCUUCCCCCCUGACUGCUACAGAGCUGGUUUCAGUGGUGAUGAUACAGAAUUACGCUUUAUUCUUUUUUUCCCCCAGAUUUAUAUUUUAUUAUUUUAUUUAACCUUUAUUGUAUUUUUUUUCUAUUACCAUUUAGUCCCCUUACACUCCCCACCCCUCUACACUGUAUUCUUACAUUAGCUGGUGGGUAAACUGCUUUCUGAAAUUCAGGAGGCAGUUAGUAAGUUUGAAGAAGAUAUGAAAUCUAAAAGAGGUAUCAGUGGGUCAGGGGAUCGAUAACUUUAUGGGUAGAAUAAUAUAACAACAGGACCUGAGGAAGGGUGGACUGUGAGACUAUGUGAAGCUUUUAGAAUCAUUUGGGACAGGCAGAGGGCCCUAAACAGCCAUUCCUAACUUGGGAAUGCAGCCUAGACAGUGCUGGCAGGGCUGCUCCCGAAAGAUGCUGGCUCAGUGUGUGCUGGAGCCAGAGGAACAACUAACACAUCUUCCUGCUUUCAUGUAAAUCCUAGUGUACUUCCCACGGAUGACUUCCUGAAGCUUGAGUUGUAUACCCUGAAGAAUGCCACACUGGAGAAGGAGAGUUGUGAGAACAUGGAUUCCUCACUUCGGAGGGACAGGCUAAAGGGGGAUGUCAUUGAAGUCCAUAGAAUCAUGUUGCCCAAUUACACGUGUCUCCUCCAACCACACUGUUUGAAAUGUAAAAGGAAGCUUUCCUCUGUCACAUAGCAGACCUGGAGUCUGGAACCUCAGACGGGGAUACUACUGGCCAAAAUGUUGAGGGAUAAAGAAGGCUUUAGUUAAAUUCUUGGACGACAAAUACGUGUUGAUGGAUUUGUCCUUCUGGGAGAUGUCCUCAUGCCUUGGGAAGAUGGAGGAAGACCUGUCCGUUCUUGGCCCCACCACAAGAACAGUCCUGGGCUGGAUGGGUUAGAGACUGAGCCACUGUGACGGUUGUGUUUUUACGUAACAAAAACAAUUGAAAAAUAAAAGCAACUUUUGCAUCACUCCAAUUUA